GAGGGUGUCAGUCACAGGCCAUCUGCUCAGCAACGAGCACAUCGAUGGUCGUAAUUAGGAUAGCCGAAUCCGACGCAGAGAAGCAUCGCUCGCCGCUAAUCGCCAGAAUCGGCGAGGAUUCAUAAAGAAGGCAUCGCCGAACCACCCUGUGCAAACACGCGAGCGAGGUGCGCACGAUAAGGAACCGGCAGCGUGUCAUCGAUCAAGGGGCGCGUAAUCACACCACGUCACGACGGGGCAAAUGUUCCCGACGAGCUUUCGCGAGAUCCCGCCACCGAGCAGCAAACCCGAAAAGAAGCGCCGGCAGGAACGUGACGCCGGCACCCUCGUUGGCCCCCCGCUUCCGGUCGGCCGGUCGCCGUCGCGAUGAAGUGAGCGAUACCCGCCAGACCUGCCAACUUCCGUGACGAUGCGUCGCGAUUAUUGGCCGCGCUCGCAUCCAAACGCUUGAGAGGAAAAGAAGAAGAAGCGAAAACGAUAGUGUUGAACGACGCGCGUCUCGCUUCAUUCCUCCUCGUAUCGAUCGACCUCGAAAGGAUCUCUUCGUUUCGACGAGAGAUACCGGAAGCUGAAGUCGACGGAGAGUCUAGAGAGAGAAAGAGAUAGAGAGAGAAUAGCGUUAAAGGGAAUAGAUCGGGGUCGAGAGACAAGGCUACGAAAACGAGAACGAGGGUAACAAUAGGAUGGCGAUGACGAUACGAUAGGCGGUAGUUAAACGAUAACGAUAAAGGUCGCGAUAAAAGGAAUAGUGCGCGUAUAGCACAUUGGUAGCCUCCGCGUAUAUAAAUUAUCCCCCGUAUACACACAAGUAUAUAUACGAGCGCACAAAUAUAUACAUACGAAGCAAACACUUGUAAAUAUUGCGAGAUACGCAUACACAACUAGAAAUAAGCGCGCACGGGCGUGUCGAUCGACAAGCAAUAGCAGCAAUAAAGGGAAUAUCGUUAUACCCUGUCGCAUCGGUGAUCCUGUUUACACUGUUGUGUUCGAGAGGCUCGUUAAUUGUUAAAUCGUUGGACGAGUUGUUUGCCUAUUUCACGAGGAUCGCCGAAAAAGGUACAUCGACGACAAGAUGGCGUUCGCCGCGGCGAGGAUGAUCCUCAAAGACAAGCGCAGGAAAGCCAGCAAGGAAGACUUCGCACCGCGAAACCGGAGCAAGGCUCGCAGCGCCAGUACAAGUAGCUUUAGAAGCCUGAGCCAGGCACGCAACAAACCGGCGGAUGGCGUGGGUCAUGUAAAUCAAAAAGGUGCUUCCGGUCAGAAGGCGCCGGCGGCUGGUCAAAAGGUCGCACCAGGCACUAAGGGCGCGGCGAAGCCAGCCCAGAAGCCGUCAGCUCAGAAAGGCCAAGUGAAAGUGACACCCAAAGCGGCCUCCGUAAAGACCGGCAAGAACAAGAAGAAGGGGCAGCGGCAACAGUACGAUCUCAUCGUUACCAUCAAUCUGUCCGAGUAUGGACUCACAGAAGAUCAGGUGGCAGAAUUCAAAGAGGCAUUCAUGCUUUUCGACAAAGACGAGGACGGUACGAUUACGAUGGCGGAAUUAGGGGUUGUCAUGCGAUCUCUCGGUCAAAGACCGUCGGAGACGGAAUUACGCGACAUGGUGAAUGAGGUGGAUCAAGACGGGAACGGUACCAUUGAGUUUAACGAAUUCCUGCAAAUGAUGUCGAAGAAGAUGAAGGGUGCCGAUGGGGAAGACGAACUUCGCGAAGCGUUCCGAGUGUUUGACAAGAAUAACGAUGGAUUAAUCUCCUCCAAGGAACUCCGACAUGUAAUGACGAAUCUCGGUGAGAAGCUGUCCGAGGAGGAAGUCGACGACAUGAUUAAGGAGGCGGAUCUAGACGGCGAUGGAAUGGUCAAUUACGAAGAAUUCGUGACGAUCUUAACGUCGAAAAAUUAGUUCGGGGAUCGAGGGAAAGUUAACUCGCACAGAGAUACCAGAGGAUCUCCAACGGAGGAAGGAUAAACGGAUCCGCCGCCCAAGUUCCUCGACUUUCCGGGAUCGGGACGAAAGGUCGUUUCACGCUCCGUAAAGCUGCAGAAAUUCAAGAUGCCGACGAGAGGAGAACAUUCAAAACUUCGAUCCAGUCGAUCAACCAGCCAUGAUGUGCGAUCGCGAUGUGAAAUCGCGGAAAACGCGAAAGAAUUGCGAGAGAAGGCGCACCGAUGUUACGAUAUACAGCUUUAACGAAUAAGUGUCGAAGGUUCCGAGCGUAAGUAGCGUCAGUAGAAAACUUGAAAGUCCUUGAAUCAUCUUCGGAAGAUUACGCGUGAAUAAUUAUCGCGAAUUGCGCCUUUGACUUUGGCCGAAAAAUUAAGGAGGAGAGAGACUUACUUCCGUGAAAUUGCACAUACGCAUUAUAUGAGACACACACACGGACACACCUCGCGCUCCUUCGGACUAAUCUUAGACGAGUAUGUGAACUCUAGGCACAUAUAACGAUAACGUAUUGUUAUACAAUAACUAAAGGAGUUAUAUGUCAAAAUGAGAAAACGAGGGGGAAGAGGGGAGGGAGGGGGGAAGGGGCGACCUGCCGUCACCCGGAACAAUCAACCGAGCUUCGUUUAGAUUAUUACGUACCCCUAAUCUUUAUCUCUCCCUUUACGAAGCGAUUUAGGAAUUAACUAGCUUUCCACGCCCCCUUGAACGGUCUUGCGAGAAAGUCCCGGAGUAUACUAGUAUACUAGUAUAUAUAUACACGAUAUGUUUACAUAAUACAUAUAUAUAAAUACAUAUUAUUAUUAUACGAUAUCUGUUUUGCGUUGCGCGUUUCCUUGAAACGCAACGCUCAUGAAAGGUACUUCGUACUUCGAGUGUUUUUACCGCUUGUAUUACACGCAGACGUGCGUAAUCCAACGUAGAGAUACACACAUACACACAAAUAUGUCAUUUGAUCAUCGUUUCUUCGUUUAGAUCCUUAGUAAUUUUAGAACGGGCACGCCGAGCAUGCUAACGAAUAAUUAACUCUUCUGCUUUGACACGUAGCGUGAAUAUGUUCCCGUCGAUUAUCGUGAUACCGCGUUCUGUAAUCGAUGAUGAGUGCCCUGGUUGAAAAAGUGCUUCGGAAGCUAAGCUAGAUGUAUUUAAAUAAAAAUUAUUACGGUAAAAUCUCGUGAAGGAAUAGUUUACUAUCUGUCUACGAGGUUGGAGAAAGUGUCCGAAAGUGUCCUUGAUUAUUGAUGGGUUACUUGAAGGAGAGUAAUUUAACAAGUCAUUCGGAUUUAUCCAAAAAUCCAUCGGUCAUAAAUUAGAUGGAAUUAAUGUUGCGGCAAUUCUGACAAUCGCUAAUUACAUCCUCGAUGACUAUACUUGCCAUUAGUGGCAACAUGAUUAUUGGCAGGUAUCUAUAGU